AUGGGGCUGGGAGGGGAGGAGAAGCCGGGAGUCAUCGCACAGCGCCGAGCCGGGGGAGCUUCCGCCGCCCGCUGCCCCGCUUUGCUGCCGGAGGUGACGCGGAACGGCCGCAUCCGCACCGAGCCUCCAAUGUCCGCAGGAGCCGAGGAUGAGGACGGAGAUGAUCGCAGCCCCGUAAGGGCGGCGGCGCCCCGGGACACCACGAGCCCGAAAGCCAACCCUGCAACGCUCGCGGGGCCGCAGCCGCAGCGCAGGCAGCAGCCUGCCCAGUGCCGGCGGCAGCCCGGAGCCGCCCUACGCCCCCCGGGCAUCUUCGAGCCGCGUCAGAUGGAGAGCGAUGCCCACAAAGCACAGAGGGAAACUGAGGCAGGGGCACGGAGGGCGGUGAGCCCGGGGCUGCGUCUCUCCCGGGACAUCCCAGUCGCCGGGAACCGGGACAAACAAUGGGGACAGCAGGCGGAAUCCAGCCCCGCUGCUGGCAAUGUGUGCCCACGUCCCACGCCGCUGCCCAGCGGAGCCCCCCCGCAGCCGCAGCGGCACACCCAGCCUGGCGCGGGCUGCUGGCUUCUCUCCCGCCUGGAUUUUUCCGAGCCCGGCAAGGGAGCGCGUUCCGGAGGCGUGGAGCCGCACACGGGUCCCCCCAAAAACUCCCCCGAGCUCCCCGGUGCCCAGCGGUCCGCGCAGAGCCCUGCGGGGAUCCCGGAGCCACCGACCGCAGCGCGGAUGGAGACGGUCGGGCCCAACCUGGCACCGCCACGAAGUCCCCCCGCACCCUCACCGUCCUCAGCCCGGCGGGACGCGUCCGGGAGCAGCGGCCGUCACCGCGCCGUCCGUCGCCACGAAGCUCUGCGGGGCAUCUUCUCGAGCGCGGGUCGGGCGUGA